CCCGUGAAGCAUGUCGAUAGCAGAAGCUUCUAGUGAACAUACCGGCACACAUUGUUGCUAGCGACCGAAUAGACUUCUUCGAAUCCACUACCUCCACAUCCCGAGUAUGAGAUAUUCACGAUCCACGAUUCUACGACAGUACCCCUCAAUACGCACUGACUGAUCAACCAUCCAGCCGAGGGCAUUGAUCUUUAGGUUGGGUCAUCAGGUUAGGGCUGCCUUGAAGAUAUGGUCUCUGAGGAAGAAAAGAAUGUAUAAGAACAUAGUCGACAUCGCUCUGGAUGCUCCUAGAGCAGAAUCACCAUCGCAAUCAUGAUUUUCCUCGCUCUGUGUUUCACACUGUUGUGCACGCUCGCAACUGCUGUUCCCAAACAGACUGUCAAGACUUCAUGUAGCACUACCAAAACCAGCACUAGCAUCAGCACCUGUACAAGCAGCAUUAGCACCAGUGCAAAAGCGGCACUUCCAUGGACAACAUCUGCUCAGUCAGCUCCGACAUGUGCUUCGACCAGCUUUACACCUCGCUACAGUUCCUUCAGCUAUACACAGGAGAGUAGCAAUCGCUAUGCUACUCCUAUCUCUGCUCCGGUCACAUUUGCUAGUGCUUUCGCCCCCGCCUACUCUCAGGCAAAGUCGCUAUUGCCCGCCAACGUCACUUACACUUCUUAUUCUCUGAAUUCAAAGGCUACCACUAGUCAGGAUGGCAUGUACGGCCAAUCUGCCUAUGCUGCACUGUGGACUGGAUAUACUUAUAAUCGCACUGUGCCUUUUACCACGACCGUUUUCCCUACUCCGGUGGCCGCAAGCGAGCUUGUCUACCCUCCAGCUUUGUAUUCUGCAUGCUCUAACGCGGAUGCGUGCAUCGGUUGCUACAAGUUCGACAAGGAUUUCAUCUGGGGCGUUGCUGGAAGCGCGUGGCAAAUCGAAGGUGCUUUGCAGCAAGAAGGCAGAGGACCUGGCAAUCUCGAUGGUCUCGGCAACCAAGGCCCAGGUGGUAUGCCUACUGGUAAUGAUUCAGUCGAGGCCGACAUGAAUUACUACCUCUACAAGCAAGACAUUGCUAGACUUGCUGCCAUCGGAGUGCCCUACUACUCUUUUUCUAUUUCUUGGUCGAGGAUUGUACCUUUUGGUGUAAAGGACAGCCCAAUCAACACCCAGGGUCUAGAUCAUUACGACGAUCUUAUCAAGACUUGCCUCCACUACGGCAUCAAACCUAUCGUUACCCUCGUUCACGUUGAUGCUCCAACAUCAAUCAGUCUUGACAAGGACUUUACCGAAGAUUACCUGUACUAUGCCAAGCAAGUAAUGGCUCGCUAUGCUGAGCAUGUUCCUUACUGGGUCACGUUCAACGAGCCCAACAUUGGAAUGCCCUACAGCUUCCAGACAUACAACGGAUUGACCAACAUUCUCAUGGCACAUUCGGCUGUGUACAAAUGGUACAAACAAACCCUCGGUGGUACUGGUAAAGUUACCAUUAAAUUCGCCAAUAACCUUGCAGUUCCACGCGAUCUAAACAAGGCUUCUGACUUGACCGCUGCAUCGCGCUACCAGGACUUUAUCCUCGGUAUCAUGGCCAAUCCUCUUUUCCUUGGAAAGCAAUAUCCAUCGAAAGUUCUGGCUACACCCAAUUUGAACUUGACAGCCCUUACUGCACAGCAGCUCUCAUAUAUCAACGGCACAGUCGACUUCUGGGCCUUUGAUCCUUAUGUUUCUCAAUUUGCUUCUGAGCCAGCCAAUGGAUUCACCAGCUGUAUAAACAACAGCAGUGAUCCUCUUUGGCCACGAUGCGCCGAGCUCACCGAGAUCCAGCAAAACGGCUGGCAAGUCGGUCAAAAGUCCAACGACUACGCCUACAUUGCACCUCAGUACGUGCGUCAACAAUUAGGCUACGUUUGGAAUACGUUCCGCCCUUCUGGUAUCCUGAUCUCCGAGUUCGGCUUCAACCCUUUCAUGGAGUCUGAGAAGAAGCCGGUCGAGCAGCUAUACGAUCUUGAGCGAUCUUUGUACUACGAGAGCUUCUUGAAGGAAACACUAAAAUCUAUGCAUCUAGAUGGUGUCAACGUUAUUGGAGCUUUGGCGUGGAGCUUUGUGGAUAACAAUGAGUUUGGAUCAUUUGAGAACCAGUAUGGUCUCCAGACUGUCAACAGAACAAGUGGACUUUUUGAGAGACAUUACAAGAGAAGUUUCUUCGACCUUGUCGAUUUCUUUCACAAGUAUGUCGCAGCAUAGGUAGAGAGAUAUGGAUUGAACAACCAAGAACAAGUGAAACAGAACAGGGGAUGAAACAAUGUGAGCUUUCUUCCGUUGUUCCGCAUAUCGCGUUCCGGGGAACAACAGAAUCCUAUCCUUGCACCACUGCGAAGUGAGAGUAUGUCCUUCACAGACGACCCAGGGAGCUCGUCAUAUUCUGCGAUCACUUUCUGUAGUAUUCACUUGGCUAGAGACAGUCGGUC